GGAGCAGGAAGAGAGCCGCAUACGGGCCUCGGCGAGCAGCUCCCGCGGGGCGGCCAGAGCCUGCUCCGCCCGCACGGCUCGGCCCGGCCCGGCUCGGCACGGCGCGGCCCGCUCCGCUCGCUCGGACCGCACGGCCCGCCUUUUGCAUCGAAGAUGGCGGGUGGCGUGGACGGCCCCAUCGGGAUCCCGUUCCCCGAUCACAGCAGCGACAUCCUCAGCAGCCUCAAUGAGCAGAGAAACAACGGGCUGUUGUGCGACGUGGUCAUCCUGGUGGAAGGCCAGGAGUUCCCCACCCACCGCUCCGUCCUGGCGGCCUGCAGCCAGUACUUCAAGAAGCUCUUCACCUCAGGGUUAGUGGUGGACCAGCAAAACGUGUAUGAGAUAGACUUUGUGAGCGCAGACGCCUUGUCGGCUCUGCUGGAGUUCGCUUACACCGCGACCCUUACCGUCAGCACUUCAAACGUCAACGACAUCCUCAACGCCGCCACCCUGCUGGAGAUCCCGGCGGUGAGGGAUGUUUGCACGGAUCUCCUGGACAGGAAGAUUCUGGCCAAAAAUGACCAGAUGGAUACAGUAGAUCAAAUUGAUCAAAGGAACCAUCUCAGAGCAAAAGAGUACCUGGAGUUCUUCCAGAGCAACCCCGUCAAUGGCCAUCAAGGCAGCUUUCCGUGGACCAACCCAGAGUUGAGAGACCUUCAGAGACUGAACUUCCGAGGCCAAGAGGAGGAGGAGGAGCCGGACUGCAAUGGCAUGGACUUGUACUCGCAAGCCCCCCUAAACGAAAGACCAAAGGCGAAUGACUGUGAUCCUGACAGCAACCCAGCCAUGUGGCUGGACAGAGAGGAGGAGGAGGCGGCGCCUGGCUCCAUGUUUUCCCCUUCUCAGAAUGGACAUUACAGCAGCCGUGGCCUGGCCACGCCGGGAGAAGAGGAGGGCACCCCGGGGGGCCCUCUGGACCAGCAGGAAGCCGGUGACUCCCCCAGCUUCGUUCCUGCUGGAGCGGAGACGGAGGAUGAUGGAAGGGAGGUGGAUGGGAUGGCUGCGAGCGCCCUGCUGCAGCAGAUGAUGAAUUCCGUGGGGAGGCAGCAGCUCGGGGAGGACGACCGCAAGGAUGACGAUGGGGUCAUGGAUUAUUACUUGAAAUACUUCGGCAGUUCGAACGAGGGCGAUGUCUACCCCUCCUGGUCCCAGAAGGUGGAGAAGAAGAUCAGGGCCAAAGCAUUCCAGAAGUGCCCCAUCUGCGAGAAGGUGAUCCAAGGAGCGGGCAAGCUGCCGCGCCACAUCCGCACCCACACCGGCGAGAAGCCCUACGAGUGCAACAUCUGCAAAGUCCGAUUCACCAGGCAGGACAAGCUGAAGGUUCACAUGCGGAAGCACACGGGGGAGAAGCCGUACUUGUGCCAGCAAUGCGGCGCCGCCUUCGCUCACAACUACGACUUGAAGAACCACAUGCGCGUGCACACCGGCCUGCGGCCCUACCAGUGCGAGAGCUGCUUCAAGACUUUCGUCCGCUCCGACCACUUGCACAGGCACCUUAAAAAAGAUGGAUGCAACGGGAUUCCAUCCCGCAGGGGCCGCAAGCCCCGGGUGAGGGAUGCGGGGGCUCUGCCCAGCACCCCGCCGGGGAGCGCCGAGGAUGGGAGCUUCCCAACGGGGGGGGAGAGUCAGGAAUCAGAGGACACCCAGCAGAGGAACGGCCCCGAGCAGCAGCACUUUGAGGAGCAUUCGGCUACCGAAGCGUCGGGAUUGAAUGUAGCAGGAGGGUCGGCUGAGGGUAACACGCAAGGACUCUCCUAAACCAAAAACAUAGCAGAAAGCAUCACAAGAAAAACCAGAAAACAACCCCUUCUAGU